AUGAGGUUCCUCGACGUGAAGACAUUGCAACUACAUAAUUUUGAUGACGCCUCUGCAUACCCGCCCUACGCGAUCCUCUCUCAUUGCUGGUAUGCGUCCGAACACGAGCUGACCUUCAAAGACUUUGAAGAUUUAAGCAAGCACACUUCAAAACCUGGAUAUGUCAAGAUCAUCAACGCUUGUCUGGCCGCCAUUGCUCAGGGCUACAAGUGGCUUUGGGCGGACAAUGUCUGUAUCAACACAGAAGACGCGAUCGAGAAGAACGAGACCAUGAACAAGCUUCACUUCAUGUUUUUGAAUGCAGGGGUCCGUUUGCUAUAUAUUAGCGAGAUACCCAAUGCAAAUACCAAGGAUAACGAUAAAGAAAUAUUUUCAUCUGAGGCUCCCAAGAGUCGGCAAAGCGGCAUCCGUAUCCUGAUUCUCGACAACGACUAUGCCGUGAGAAAUAUACUAUCACGGCUGCUAAAGCGUCUUAUCACGGCUCAAGUCACUGUUGACAGUGGCUACGUGGUGAACUUAAAGGGAUCAGGUUAUGACAUCGUUUUCGCUCGUGGGGAGGGAACUCCCCUGCUUUACAUGCCGCCAAAUUACAGUCAUCGAGGGGCCGUUCGAAUAUUAAAAAAGCUCAUUACCAUGCCGAUUCAACUUGGAGAAUACCAGGUCAUCUGCGAGUCGCAGAAGCAGAAGCUCCUUGUGCAGCUUGUAUUGGCAGUAUCUGGAAAUGAGCAGGUCUACGAGAAUGACUUCACGUUGAUGUUUAGCGUCACGCUUUCGGAUGGCUCUGUCCAUGGACCAGCAAUGUCGUUCUCAGAUCUCGCUCCUCACAUCUCUCUCCAAGAGCCUAUAGCGCAAGAUCAGCUAUUGGAUCAUCCGACUAUUGAUCUUGCAACUUUGGAUCUCUUUGGUGAUCGGCAGGCCAUGGGCCACCUCCGUCCGAUGAAGGAUGCAGGGCCAGCGGACAGCUACCCUCUCGACCCUGGUUCUACUAAGACCCAGAGCCCUCACGAGUAUGGUAGUGUGCAAAGCGAGGUCAUCACCAAUAGCCCACAUUCAUCAACUUUUGACUUCACAGUCCAGAGUCAUGGGACACGUCCUUCGACUGUUCCUACUUCUCUGCCGCAUAAGCCCCGAAGUCCAAAGGGGGUCUUGGCCUCUCUGCAGACAACAGAAUGCCAAGCGGAAGAAGAGGAGAAUAUAUCAUCAAGUCAUCACAAAGACGAGCAGAAUCAGUGGUCUCCUCACAAUUCCGAAAAUAGCGCUGAAUUCGAUACAGCUACAACGUAUUCUUUUGAUACGCUCUCUGAUGACCCCAAAUUGCAAUACUUCCAGGCCUUCAUAGAUCAACUCGCUGAGGAUGUGAGAGCGGCUACCGACGGAACAACUCUCAAAGACGUUGGGCAAGGGUUUCUCGACCAAACGCUCAGAGACUUUGCGUGGAAGCUGCAUGAGGAGUCAACAAACCCAUUUCAACUUGAAACUUCUGUCAUAAUCCACAGAAAGAGGAGGAAUAUUGUCGACCUCCUCGACUUCCAAGUACCCGCAUUUGAAGAAGCUGAGAGCGUGUCUGGCCAGAGUCUCGGGGACUCGGAGGCAGAGAAUGGAGAAGAAACUUUCACAGUCCCUUUCAAAAAGGCCGAAGAAAUGAUCGUUGACUGGAUAAAUGACGUCAAAUCUGGAGAACCGAACGAUCUUUCACAAAUGCUCCAGUACAGACGGUUCAUCCAAGGAUCCGAGGCUUACCGAUGGCUUUUGACAAAGAUCAGCCAGCAAAGUCGGCUAUCUUCCGAAGAGCCUAGCCUGAUGGAUAGGAUCGGCACCACGAUCAGAAAUAAGUUGAAAGAACGCAUUCCGCACCACAAAAUGAGCAGAAGGAAAGCAUCCAUCGGGUUCGAAAUGACAUACUCUGUGACAUUGGAUGUGAUUGGAAUAAUGAAAAACUCCGGGAUCUCUUCCUCCUUUGACAAAGCCUUGCCCAACAUCCUUUGCUUGACAGGCAAAUGGGACGAAGCGCAAGCUACAAGUGUUGCAGAAUAUAUGGACCAAACAUGGCCCCAGUCUGGCGGUGCCAUUAUUUCCCUGUUACAAGACCUACUCUCAGACCAAGAAAGGUCUUUUAGUCAAUUUGAUGGUGUGUCUCUAAGAAGUGCUCGAUCUGGCAUUUGGACAAAGCCUGCCUGGCCUGAAACCACUCGUGGGAAUUAUUCCAAUCUUUGCCUUCUAAAGGGUACCGUGCACCAAGGCCAUAACAGAGGUGUUCGAUACGAAAUCUCAGCCAGGGGCGGCUACUACGCUGUUUCUGAGGUAGGUGAACAGAUUGCUUGGUUGGCUUCGGUCUUUCAAAAGCACACCAACUUUAUAUCGAUCAGGCCAUGCGUUACCGAUGUCUCCACCACAGCCUUUAAGAACAACAGUGGAAGCACCACUGCCGUUAUGGGACAUUGCUCCAUUUCUUUCUCCACACGCCCCGGAACCGCCUAUAACCCGAGCCAAGGCUUCUGCUGGGAACGGUUGUUUGGCUCUCUGAACAUAGUGUGUGGCUACCCAAUACUACGACGUUCAAUGCCAAAGUCUGGCCUCGAGGUGCCUUUGCGAUACGCAGCAUCUAUAGUGGGAUCUUCCGAGGUUGUCCAGUGGGAUAAGAGACUGGUAAUAAAAGGAUUCAACAUGUUGAUGGUCGCUACACUAGUAACUGCUGAUGUCAUGGUAUGGCAUCUCCUCGUCAGUGAAAAGCCUGAGGAGAGAAUCUCAUACCUCGACCCGAGGCUCGAUCAUAUUGAUAUCAGACCUUCUGACGAAAUGUCCCUUCGGUAUAUUGAAGGCAAACGUCACAUUGUUGGAUGGUGUACUAAAGCAACAGACUUCUGUGGACAUUCUACUGCUAAUCACAUGAUCAAACCUGGCGGUCUACCGAAGGCAUCAGCAUCCAUUGUCGUAGACAAGCUAUACAUAGAAGGUGGAAGUCCUGUUACUGCCGGCCUCAUGCUCGACGUUAACAAAAAGGAGCAACCCUUUUGGCUCCAAAGAGAGAAAGACUACCCAAGUUUUCUUAAUUGGGUCAAACUUCAACCAGUCGUUUUCUACGAUGUUGGAGAACGUCGUGCAUGGCUUGUCGACGGUGCUUCUGCCCUGCUCCAUCUCGUCCGCAUUUCACUUCACCUAGAUAUCAAUGACCCCGAAUCAGCCUACGACUGGGUCUAUGAUCCCAGCAAGCUUAAAGGCCACUGGCCAGGUGUUGGAAGUCGCCAAGCGGCACUUCAGACUUUAAAGAGUUGGGAAAACAGGGCAUUAAAUGUUUACAUUGUUAACAAGCACAUCGACCCGAAUGGUGUACCUGUUACCAAGUAUUCCACCUUCGAAGAGCGAGUAAAGACAAUUCUUCACUCGAUAGAGAAGUUGAUUGAUCGACAAGCCCAGGCGGCAUCUCAAGACGGUAUCAAGUUCUCUCAGACCUUGGACCCACGUCGGGAUGUUGUCGGUUUCGACAUCGUGGAUAUCAUUGAUCCCUCAGUUCCUAUUUACCCGCGUAUUCAGCAUCUCAACUCAUGGGGACACGGAUGGAUCGACUUGAUACCGACUAUUGGCAUAACCGCCCUCUUCGGGCGGGGAUUUGGAGAUCUUAUACGCGCCGAUGAACCUGAUUUGAUCUGCCCAAGCUGGAGAUCGGUUCCAGUAGGAAAAGACUAUCUUGCUGCUUCCAUAUCAACAAUGCAGAUGCUCCAUGAGAAACGUCUCCUUAGGAUGGAGCCAGGCCUCAUUGGAGGUGAACUGACUAAGAAGAUUACUUGGGUAACUGCCAAAGAAGCAUCUUUGCAUUGCAAGUGUCUCAAGAGGAAAGGUAGCAAUGAUGCCCAAACUGCUGGGGCAGAGUGCAAUCACAACCCUGUCCAAUUCCUUGCCAAAAGAUGGUGGUCCCGUACUGUACCGCAUGGCUUGAAGCCUGUACAGUUAGGAUCUCUUGACCCUGAAGGGGCUGUGAUCUUCGAUCACACUGUUCUGGGGCUAAGAACUGGAGAGAGAUCGGCACCGAAACAGGCAGAUGAUGACGGUGCUGCAUCGACAACCAGCGGCGAGCAGACCCAACUAGCUUCAGCAACUGGCUCAAUCGUGAGUAAGACGACAUCCAUUACUGUCCCGAGCGUUGGAGCUUCCAGCCAAGACGCGGCAAGUGUUCAGCAGAGUUUACAUACAAAUAAGACAACGAGUGAAGGUAAGAAGAAGAGAUGGUCGAGGUUCAAGGACUGGGUCAAAAGAUGAGUGAUGUAGCGGAUUAUUCAGGAGACUAGUGUGCUUUGAGAGAACAGACAAUAUACACAACCUCAUUCAACUAGCUUCAGUGAGAUAGGACAU